AUGCCUUACUCUUCAAGUUCACACGUUCCUCUACUCCCUUCAGAUGCACGCCAUAAAUUGCAGCUCAGAAAAUGCUACAAUGACUCGGCAAAUAUGGCGAAAACAGAUAUAAGGCGGCAUGUGCGGGAUACUGAGCAUGAUGCAUCUUUACGACUAGGUAUCAAACGGCGAUACAAUUCACGUGGCAACAGUAAUGUGGUCAACUAUCAUUCGGGAGAACAAAAGCGGAUAAGAAAGUCAAGCCCCGGUUAUACCUUUCCUAGUGCAGAAAGUCAUAAUUCUGAUGAAGAAUGGAAUCUGGGAAUAAACAAAACUGUUCCUCGUAAAGUAACUAGUUUAUCUAGGAAUCCUCUGUUAAGCAUUCGACCACAUGGUUACGGAAAUCGAUUUCACGGUUACGACCCCAAUCAAGCUACUGUACCCAACAAAUUCAAAAACUACAGGCUGGAUGUUAAUAAUGCUAAUCAAAAUAUGGAUAAUGAGCAGCUUUUAAUGUUGUAUUACAGUCAUAUGUAUCAGCAGUACUACCGAACUUAUACGGCGACUGCUCUCUCAUUAUCAAAUUAUCCCAAUGCUGACUUACUACCUGCUGUUGCGGCUGCAGCUGCUAACAACUCAGGUAUUCCAUCGGAUUUAACUUCUAUAGGAUCAGUACUAUCAAGUGGUAAUAGUUUUGAUUUUUCCAAACAUAAUCGAGAUGUAGAUAUACGUGGAAGGCGUCCAAAAAAAUAUAAUAAGCAUGAGUCAUCUAAUGUUUCUUCCCAUUCACCUGAACAACGUCAACACUCACAUUCCCGUACUUUUCGAUCUAAUAGAACAAACGACUCUUCUCGUUCCUCUGUGAAAGAUACAGUUGCAAAAGGGAAAGGAUUUAGAAAAAGAGAAUCACCUGUUAAAGUAAAAAAGGCAGAAUACACUUCUGAAGAAAGUGAUGACCAUUGCCCAGAUUACGUCAGUAAUGAUCAACUUUGUAAAGAGAACUCAGCAAAUGAUGAUGAUGAAAUUCAACAGAAAUCUUCCAGACGCGUUGUUCGUAGACGCUCGACUGUUGAAACUACUACGUCAACCAGACAGAAAGAGGAGUCAGUUCAUGACGAAGAUAAUGCCAAAGUGGUAACAUCAAAUACGUCUGAAAUUAUUACUGAGUCCAAACAAUCAUUCGGAGCUAGUAAUGAAGUUAGCACCACAGAAGCAGUGUCACCAAAUGAAACUGAAUCUGUUGAAGAAGGUGAGGCUAAAGAUGAUGAUACAUAUGGUGAGGAAAGCGAAGAAAAUGAAGGCGUACUUGAAGAAUCAUCAAGCGAAAACGAAGCAGACAGUUCACGUGAAACAGUUAGCUCAAAUCAACAAAACCAGAAAAAGGCGAAUAAUUUAUCAGAAUCAAAAUCUUCAAAGGUACAGAAAACUUCCACAUCCUCGACGUUUAACCGAGUUGCGGCAGAAGGCAAGAGACGGCAUGUUGAAGUCCUGCCUACUGACACUUUACUUCCUACGUCCACUGAGUUUGAUCAUGAACGUGGACCACUUUUACCUACACCAGUGGAUGUGGAUAGACGACAUUUAAGAAUUCGUAACUCUGGUAAUGAUUUAUCAUUAUUCCCUGGUUGUGCUACAGCACCCCAUAUUCCAAAUGUCUUGGAAGCUGCUGCACUAAUGUCAGGUCUUUGUCCAUCUCUAUUUCCGUCUAUGAAUCCAUCGAAUUUAUUAAAUAGUCUAAGAUGUCCUCCUGUUGAUUUCGCUCCACCAUUUUGUGAUCUAUUUAAUUUACCGAAUCCAAUUGAAAUUCAAAAACAAAUAAAUAGUUUAAAGUUGAACUGCCAUCCUCCAUCUGAGUCAUCAGAACCUAAGUCUGGACGAAGUAAACAUGAAAACUCCAAAAUAAGAAGUGAUGUCAGGGAAAUUCGUUCCACGUUUAAUAAAAAUUACAAUGUGAAAAUUCGACGUGGGAAUGACUCGGACACUGAAAGUAAUUGUUCUUCUGGUUCGGAUUAUCAAUCUCAUGUUGUACGCAAAUCUGUUAAUAGACCACUAUCUUCAGAUAGAUGUAUGUUUGAGGCCCCGAAGAACAAGCAUUCAGGGAAAUUUUCAACAACACGUAAAGUGAAAGACAAAAUGAAAAAAGAACAUGAAUCAGUAUCAGAUAAACAAGAAUUAUCCCGUAAAGGUAACAAAUAUAUGUCUCCUGAUGAUGCUCCUGGCCCAUCAGAUACAAAUUCCAAUAAAGCAGUCUCGCGUGUUCCACGAGGUCCUAGAACACCAUCUAGUCCACCAUUGUCUUCUCAGGAUGAAGGUGAUUCUGGUGGUACAUGUUCACAUUAUGAUGUAUCCCGUGAAUCUUGCUCCAGAAGUUCUCUUAAUAAUAAGACGCGUCGACAAAAUGAAAUAACUAGUUCCAUAUCAGGUCGCUGUUUGGAUUCUUCGAAUUCGAACGAAAAUCUAUCUGUAAGAAAACCUGUUGUGUGUACAAAUUCUCAAUCGUCAAAUAACAGAUCGCCGAAGACACGCUCCUCGAAGCAUAAUACUAAAAUAAUGCGUGGUCGAGAUUAUCACAGCUCCAACUGUUCCAAUUCAUCUACUUCCGCAUCUACUUCUCGGUCAAAUUCUUAUGGAGCUCCAAAUGUCUGUAAUACUUCCAAUAAAAGAAAGAGAUCUACAAAUCGACAUAUUACACAUUCCAAUAUAGGCAUGUCCUACGAAGAUAAUUCUCCCAAACAAUCAUCACAGUUUGCAAAUUUUCGUAGCGAUGAUACUGGUGAUAGCAGUGACAGUUCGGAUCAACAAAACCGUGCACUACCUGCAGCCUAUGCAAAUCCUCAUCAAACCGACCGACAUCGGUCACAUUCAUCCGGUGAUGUUGAACCUCCACCUGCUCCUUCUCCUCGUAGUUCAUCUUCUUCCACUUCCUCUUCAUCAUCCUCUCGUUCAUAUUGUCACAUUCGCUCAAGUUCAAGUAAUCUUCGAGAAAAUAACAAGAUUCAAGUAAUAUCAUCUUGUUCUUCACGUCAUUCAUCAUCAUCUCAAUCACAAGACAGAGGUAGACAUAAUCAGUCGAAGUCACGACGGCAAGGUAUUAAACCUAAAUCAAAAAAACUAAAUGAUAGCGAUGAUCACAAUCGACAAACCCGCUCUUUAAAAGAAAAGAAAAAACUGUCUACAUCCGUGUGCCAUAGAAGUUCUGAUUCUGGUGAUGAUAUCGAUGACAACAAUAGAAGAGAAUUAUCGAAUCCGGUUUAUAGUUACCGUGAUUCUUCAUCAGAUCUCAAAGAUAUUUCUUCUAAAGAGUCAUCCAUUUUGAGACGCGGAGAAGAUGCUUGUUCUGACGUUUCUGAGGAUGAGAGCUCAACCUCAGGUAAUCGACAUGUGCGUAGACAGUCCUCUCGUUCUCCAACUUCUUCUUACACUUCUUCAAGAAGUACUGAUCGUAAUGUGUCAAAUCGUAGAAACAAAGAAAGAAUGAUAGAGAACAAAUACAAACAUUCCAGGCGAAAGCCGUGUACUCCUGAUUCAUCAUUAUCAAAUACUCGCAAAUAUGGACAGACUAAAAACCGAAAUGAACAUAAUAUUGAAGAAAAACAUUUUAAUAGUAACCGUAAACGUGCUUUACUUUCUCCACCAACGAGUACAAAACCUGAAACUAAAAUAUGGCAAUCAAGGAAAGGUUAUGUCAAUGAAAUUCCCACUUCAUCUUUACGACAUCCUCAGCUUCCAAACUCUCAUCGCUCAGUGAACAAAAAGAUUUUUCAUGGGCAAGUUACUUCGAAAACAUCCAGGCGUUCGAGUGCUAUAAAAAAUCAGCGAGAAGAAAGUUCUUCUUGGUCAACAAUGGCUCAUGAACGUCAUACUCGCGAUGGUCAUUAUGGUAGUGGGUCAUUUAAAUCUGGAACUAUGCAUAUUGACAUGACUGAUAGUUCAUCUCGAUCGAGGCCACCUCGUUUUGGUCAUACAACCAAUAACAAGGAUACUAAUGGUAUGCGACAAAAUUACACCUCUAGAAAUUAUCCUGUAAAACAUUCACAUAUUAAAACGGAUGUACAUGACUCAAAAUUACAUUGGUCUAAAAGCGGCAACUCAAGAAAUUUUCGCCAACCAGUUACCUCUUCAAGUCGAUCACCUAUCGGUAGAGCUGGAAAACAUAUUGGGGCAUCAAGUGAUCAUCAUCAUCACCAGAAUGCACGUAAAAAACAAACAGAUAUUGUAUGGGAGCCUGGUCCUAAAAGUAUUAAAAAAGUAAAUAAUAACUAUUCAACUAAAGUUUCCAGUUCUAAAGCACUUUUAAAAACACCUGAAACAACUUCACGGCGUGCAGAUCAUCAUCAUCAUAGUCAACAUGAGUCGUCUAGGGAUUCUGAAUCGCAUAAUUCCGAUUCUUCAAGUAGCUCAUCUUCUCCUGAAGAAGAAGACGAUGAUGAAGUUGUCGACGAUGUUGACGGUCAUCUAAUCUAUAGUAUUGGUGAUCGUUUAUUGAAUCGAUAUGAAAUUGUCAAGACACUUGGGGAAGGUACAUUUGGUAAAGUUGUUGAAUGCAAAGAUCAUGUACAAAAUCGUAGAAUUGCUUUGAAAAUUAUCAAAAAUGUUGAUAAAUAUCGUGAAGCUGCUAUGCUUGAAAUCAAUGUUUUAAAUUUCUUAAAUGAACGUAGUGCAAAUGUUGAACAUUUAUGUGUAACUCUGUUGGAUUGGUUUGAUUAUCAUGGACAUAUCUGUUUGGCAUUUGAUAUACUUGGAUUAUCUGUUUUUGAUUUCUUGAAAGAAAAUAAUUAUGUCGGUUAUCCAAUGGAACAUGUUCGUCAUAUAUCAUAUCAAUUAUGUUAUGCUGUUCGAUUUUUACAUGAUAAUCAAUUAACUCAUACAGAUUUAAAACCAGAAAAUAUAUUAUUUGUUGAUUCCGAUUAUAUAUCAGUACAUAAUCGUAAAAAACGUCGUCAUGAACGUAUGGUUAAAUGUUCCGAUAUACGUUUAAUUGAUUUUGGUUCAGCAACAUUUGAUUAUGAUCAUCAUUCUACAAUUGUAUCCACAAGACAUUAUCGUGCACCUGAAGUAAUACUUGAAUUAGGUUGGUCUCAACCAUGUGAUGUUUGGUCAAUUGGAUGCAUCAUGUUUGAAUUGUAUACAGGUUAUACACUUUUCCAGACUCAUGAUAACCGUGAACAUUUAGCUAUGAUGGAACGUACUUUAGGUCAUAUUCCUUAUCGGAUGACUAGAAAGUCACGUCGAACCAAAUACUUUGAUACAUCUGGCAAUCUUUUAUGGGAUGCACAAUCACGUGAAGCUAAAUAUGUUCUGACGCAUUGUCGUCCAUUCCGGCGUUAUUGCAAAGAUGAAAGUCAAGAUACACUUGAUCUAUUUGAUUUAAUGUCUAAGAUGUUAGAAUAUGAUCCAGCAGAUCGUAUUCCUUUGUCUGCAGCACUUACACAUCCAUUCUUUUUACAUUUACCAUCACAUCAACGUUUAACAUAUACUCUUCAUCCAUCGGAUACAAUUCCGCCUAAUGAACGUCGUACAUCUGGCUCACGUAGUGGAACAAAUAAUCAACAACCAUCAACAACAGCGAAUAAUGGCUCAUCAUCUUCAUCAUCAGUAUCAUCAGAUGUUAAACGUAAUCGGUAG